AUGGUCAACUUCUUUACCACUGCUGUCGGCAUUUUUAGACGACUUAUCCACCUCCUGAUUACCAUUGCUUUGGUCCUCUUGUUUGCCGUUUGGCUCACUAUCCGUGACCUUUACUACUGCAUCGCAAACUUGUUCCUCCCUCGUCGUCACGUUGGAAGUGUCGUGCCUUCCGAUCAUCCAGGUCACGGUGGUGUCUGGCCGCAAUUUCAGGCGCCCAGCCCGGCCACCGACUCCCGUUCGCCCUGUCCGGCGCUCAACGCUCUCGCCAACCACGGCAUCUUGCCCCGCAGUGGUAAACACAUCAGCUACAAGCAUCUGUCGCAUGCCAUCCAACAUGCGUAUAACCUUGCGCCAUCGCUCGCCGACCAGCUCACUGCUUCGGCCUAUCAACUUGACCAAGGGCGUGGCCGGAUCGACUUGCAGGACCUCAGCGCUUUGAAUGUCAUCCAGCACGACGCCUCAUUUACACGUCCCGACAUCGCCUUCUGUCCCGACCAAGGCGUCCCGCACCCCGACCUAGUAGACAGGUUCCUCUCCCACGCAUCGAAUGGCAAAUCCCUCUCGCUCGACGACAUAGUCUACUUCUCUGCCCUCCGCCGCGCAGAGUGCAGACGUAACAAUGGCCAAUACUCAAUGAGGUGGAGCUUCCUGCAUCAGUUCUUCGGCUCCGGAAACAACGCUCUCAUGUACUCGGUCUUUGGUGGCGAUGUGAACGACCUCCGGGUUUGGCUUGCUGAGGAGCGCUUUCCGGACCAGUGGGAGCCGAGAAAUAGAGAGGCGCGAGGGCACACGAUAAUGCAAGCGAUGACCACCACGCUCAUAAUCGAGUUGAACAUCAAUGAAAAGCAGAAGCUCCGGUCUGAGGCGAGGGAGCCGUAG